UGAUCUGUCGUCAUUCAUGAGGUCCUUGGCUGUGAUCCAUGAAAUCGAGGAGAUAAAUGCGGCUGGCUUCCUCCCAGGAGUGCGUCUGGGAUACAUGAUGUGCGACACGUGCUCCUUCGCCAGCACGGCGCUGCAGAACGUGGAGUACAUGCUCGCUGUCAACAGGUCUCUGAAUGUGGACUGUGACUACUCGGACUUCAGGCCCAGGGUGAAGAUUAUUUUAGGGGCUCUGUACUCUGAGGUGUCCAUCGCUGUGGCCCGACUGCUGAGUGUGUACAUGAUCCCUCUACUGAGCAGCACAUCCUCUGCACAGGACCUGAGUGAUAAGCGGCGCUACCCAGGUUUUUUGCGCACUAUUCCCAGUGACAAGCAUCAGACCAAAGCGUUGGGCCAAGUGAUGCAUCAUUUCGGCUGGAACUGGGUCGGGGUUGUGUACGGGGAUGAUGAAUAUGGCAGUGCAGCUUUCCAGAGCUUCCUCAAGGAUGCCGAGGAAAACAGCGUGUGCUUGAACUACAAGGAGGUGUUGCCCGAUUCCCUCGAUAAUUCACAGAGAUUGCCACGCAUCAAGCAGGUCGCCGAGCGCAUCCGCUCCUCCACGGCCCGGGUGGUGCUGCUGAUCCUCAAGGCGGGGCUGGUGGAGGCCCUCUUCAAGGAGAUGAUCAGGACCAACACAUCGAGGACCUGGAUCGCCAGUGAUGCCUGGUCCAGAAGCCGGUCCAUUGCUCAAAUGGAAGGCAUCAACAAGGAUCCCCAAGAGCAAAAUGAUGACCAUCUUGUAACGGCUCUGGACACAAGUGACGCCUUCCUUCACAGAAUUGCUGCGUGGGCCACCGCAAAUGCUCUCAAAAAGCUACUGAAGUGCAACGGUUCUUCAUGCCUGGGAGAAAUCAACUUCCCACCAUGGAAGCUUCUUGAAGAACUGAAGAAAGUUCAGUUUGAGUUUGAAAACAGCAGUCUCAUUUUCGACAAAAAUGGUGAUUUUGAAGAUUGUUAUAAUCUGAUCAUAUGGGAAAAGGAUGGGGACCACAGAAGAUUCCUAAAGAUUGGGAACUACCAUGUCCUCAAUAAACAAAUAGAAUUGGAAAAAAAAGAUUUCAUCUGGUUUUCAACAGCAAACACCACGAUCCCUCAGUCUAGAUGCUCAGAGCGCUGCGCUCCCGGCUCAUUUAAGAAGAUCCUGAACGCAUCCUGCUGUCACAAUUGCACCCUAUGUGUAGCGGGGACCAUUUCAGCUGAAUGGGACCUGCGUACCUGCCAAAGGUGUCCCAAUGGAACUUGGUCUCUCAACGGUUGGACUCAAUGCAAGCAAAGAAAGGAGUCCUUCUUGCGAUGGAGCGACCCUCUUCCCAUCAUCCUGAUGGCAGCCGCAGUGUUUGGCAUCUUGCUCUUGUUGGUUACCUUCAUUAUCUUUCUGGUGAACAGAAGUUCCCCGCCAAUGAAGAGAGCUGAGGUGAGAUUGUCCUGCGUGAUGAUGGCCGGUCUGUCAGUGAGCUUUGCGAGUGUGAUAUGGUUCAUGGGGAAGCCCAACGUUCAUCUGUGCCGGGCCCGCCAGGUGAUGUACGCCCUGGGCUUCACCCUGUGCAUGUCCUGCGUACUCGUCAAGGCCUUCCGCACCUUCCUGGCUUUCCUUCCCUUCGGCCAGCUGACAAGCAGGCGACUACAUAAACUCUACAAGCCACUCGUGAUUGUCAUCGUGAUAACCUCGCUACAGGGGGUCAUCUGUCUGCUAUGGCUGAUCUUUGAUUCUCCUGAUAUUGAUGACACACCUCCACGCCCACAAAGCAUGACACACGUAAUCCAGUGUAGGGAGGGCCAUACAUACAUAGGUUUUGGUAUUAUGUUGAGCUACAUAGCUCUGUUAGCAUUGGUUGGCUUCCUCUUGGCCUUCAAAGGGAGGAAGGUUCCCCAGGAGUUCAGUGAGACAGGCAACAUCAUCUUCAGCAUGUUGAUGUACUUGUUUGUAUGGGUGUGUUUCAUCCCAGUAUAUAUCAUGAACAAUGAAAGUAGCACCACUGUGCAGGCUUCAGCCAUUCUAGUAUCCAGCUAUGGCAUCAUCUUUUGCCAUUUUUCUCCCAAGUGCUACCAAGUGCUUUGGAAGUCAAACACGGAAACACUGGAGAGGAUUCUGAACAAAUGGCGAGCCAUCUCUAGUCCAAAACAUGAUGUGGUGACAGAGAUAAACAUAGAUUUCCCUAGAGUUACUUUAUCCUCAGAAAAGAGUGACAGCAUUAGCAUAUCAAGUACAUCUCCUAAAUUGUGUAGCUCAGGGACACUGUGCAUAUCUUCCUAUACUACACUAGUUACAAAAAGAAAAAUGACGCGUAAGAGGAGUAUAUCCUGUUAAAACUGAUUCCAGGAAGGUUUGCUAUGUACUGCACUGAUAUUAUAAUAUACCUGCUUCCCUUUUGAAUGUGAAUGUUUUGUAAAUGUGUUUUGUUGUCAAUCCAUAAAAACGUUAUUGUACAGACAACCAUGGAUGAUUUGUUUGUAUUGUAUCCAACUCAUGUGAAAUUCAAAAUUAUUCUUAAAAACAUGUUGAAGACUUUAAGACACUCUCUGAGGAUACUGCCCAUCAGGACAACAACCUGUUACGUUGGGACUUUAUCUCUGAACAUUGCAUAUUAUUCAAACCUUUGCAUAUUCCUUGGAAAUGUUUUCAUUUUAAUAAAUUAGCUAUUGUGGUGACUCUAGUUAACCAUAAUUCACUUUUGGGUCACAGUUCCUACACGGACCUUGUUUAGUGUAACACCGUAGAUUUAGGUUGCCAAGCUAGAGCUAGCAAGGCACUCUAACUUGACUCUCAUCACUGAGUACAUGUCUGAUAUCACUAUUGCUUAAUGGAAAAUAAAAAGUGGAAAUCCUUCUUA